GGGGGUCCAAGGGGUCUGGGGGGUUUUUUGGGGGAUUCUGAAGGAUUUGGGGUGACCCUUUUUGGGGUGCAGCUGUUCGAGUCCUCCUCCUGCACCUACACCUACGUCCUGGCCGACGGGGCCUCGGGCGACACCGUCGUCAUCGACCCCGUGCUGGAAACGGUGCCCCGGGACCUGCAGCUGCUGCGGGAGCUGCGCCUCAACCUCAGAUACGCAGUGAACACCCACUGCCACGCCGACCACGUGACGGGCUCGGGGUCCCUGGUCCGGGCCCUCGGCGGCCGCAGCGUCAUCUCCAGGGCCAGCGGGGCCAGGGCCGACCUCCUGCUCAGCGACGGAGACCACAUCGAAUUCGGGGACUUCGCCCUGCGGGUGGUGGCCACCCCCGGUCACACCCCCGGCUGUGUCACCCUGGUGCUGGACGAUGACUCGAUGGCCUUCACCGGGGACGCGCUGCUGGUGCGGGGCUGCGGCAGGACCGACUUCCAGGGGGGUCCGAGCCGGGAGCGGGGAAGGGGAGGGACUGGGAGGGGGUUGGGAGGGACU